CUUCCCAACCCACCCAAAGACUACAAAUUCAAAUCAAACCCAACUUCUUUUUCUUUUUCUUUUUCUUUAUCUCUCUUUCUCUCUCUUUAGUAUGUAUACAAACGCAAAAAUGGUCUCUAUUAACUCUCAAAGGACUAAACUUUUUCUCUCCUUUUGUAUAUAUAUUCCCUCGUAGUUUAACUCAGAAUUCGCAAUCUUAUUGAACCAUGGCUCUUGUGUAUAAGCUGCCAUCGCUUUCUUCUUCUUCUUCUUUAUCUGGACAAAAUUUCAAGCAUUUCUUCUUAAUCCCAAAAACCAUAUGCUCUUUACAUUUCAAAAGCUCACCUUUUACUGAGAAACAUUCAAUUGAGAGAUACCAAAGAGACCACUGGCUUUAUAAGGAUCAGCUAGAUCUUUACCAUUACCAAUCUUCUUCUUCUUCUUCUUCAUGCCCUCUCCCAUCUGACAAAGAGUCUAUAAGGCAAAACGACAUAGCUUUGCAGCUACCAGAGCUGAGGAAGCUACUUCAAGUGCUUAAAGAGAAGAGAGAGACUUUUGGUAAAGAUGGAGAGAAGUGUGGGCCAGGGCAUGUGUAUUUGGUAGGUACAGGCCCAGGGGAUCCGGAAUUGUUGACAUUGAAGGCAGUGAGAGUAAUACAAAAAGCUGAUCUUUUGUUGUAUGAUAGGUUGGUGUCCAAUGAUGUUCUGGAUUUGGUUGGUCCUGAUGCUAGGUUGCUUUAUGUAGGCAAGACUGCUGGCUACCAUAGCAGAACCCAGGAGGAGAUACAUGAGCUGCUUUUGAGUUUUGCUGAAGCAGGAGCUACUGUUGUGAGACUUAAAGGAGGGGAUCCGCUGGUAUUUGGAAGGGGUGGAGAGGAGAUGGAUUUUCUCCAACAGCAAGGAAUUCAAGUGAAAGUUAUUCCAGGUAUCACUGCUGCUUCAGGGAUUGCAGCAGAGUUAGGCAUUCCAUUAACACACCGAGGUGUUGCGAAUAGUGUUAGAUUUCUAACAGGACAUUCGAGGAAAGGAGGAACGGAUCCGCUUUUUGUAGCAGAAAAUGCAGCUGACCCUGAUUCAACCUUGGUAGUUUAUAUGGGCUUGGCAACCCUCCCUUCUCUUGCAUCCAAGUUGAUGCAUCAUGGUCUCCCAUUAAAUACACCAGCUGCUGCAGUGGAGCGAGGGACCACACCUAAGCAGCGUGUGUUGCACCUGCAAUCAUCCAGGUUUUUGCAGAACUAAAGGAUCUUGCUAAUGAAAUUGCAUCAGCUGAGUUAGUUUCGCCUACACUGAUUGUAAUCGGGAAGGUCGUUGCACUCUCACCAUUCUGGCCACAUUCUUCCAAAGAAGCAUCAUGUUUGAUGGAGGCUGUAUAAGAGAAAUUCACGGCAUGUGCACAAUGAUAUAAUGAAAUUCAGUUCUUUUGCUGCAAUUCGGGGAUUACCUGUUACUUGUGUGUGAAGUUAUAUCUGAAUGUGGAACUUCAGCAUUUCACGAUAUGCAAUUUUCUUGUGUUGUGGUCGAUUGGAUCGGUUCCGGCAGCGUCGUGAAAUUUAAACAGUCUCACUCUAUAUGAUAGGGAGCUCUUUGAUCCUUUUGCUCUUUAAGCAUCUGGAAAAUGGCUGCCGUUUUGUUUCUAUUUUCUUGCUAUUCGAUUGGCCUGAAAGGGAAAUAUUGGCAUUUGUCAUUCCAAUUUUGGAACAUGAGUCUAAAUUUCAGAUUCAAAUAAUUGUUGUAAUUCUUUCUGAUGAGUUGAGGGUAUAAGAUUAAAUUCCUUCAUCAAA